AUGUCUCGUCCCUCACCCUCUUCCUCUUACCCUCUGCAGACUCUCUCCCAGCGCUCCUCAUUCUCCGGUCCAUCAAUGACUGCUCAGUCGAACGGUAACUCUGACUCUACCAGUCGGAGUAGACUGGGACCAGGUCACGGCAAGGGAAAGAAGAAGCGAGUGAGCGAUGCGGAUGAGGAAGAAGCGCUGUUGGGGUAUAAUGGGAUGGAUGAAAUAGAGGAGCAGAACGAGCUACCGAGAUCGGACUUCCCACCGUUAGCAGGAAAAAGCAAGAAUGGCUCGAGGACGAUACCCCUGCAGAACACUUCAUCGAAAUCACCUUUUCCGCCGAAUGUAGUACGGAAUCAGAAAUAUAGCAUAAUAACGUUCCUUCCGCUGGUAUUUUAUGAGCAGUUCAAGUUCUUCUUCAACUUUUACUUUCUGGUUGUAGCUUUAUCGCAGUUCAUACCCGCUCUGAAGAUUGGCUACAUCGUCACAUACGUUGCACCCCUCGCUUUCGUCCUAGCAGUCACAAUGGGUAAAGAAGCAUAUGAUGACUAUCAGCGGUACCUACGUGAUCGAGAAGCCAACUCCACCAGAUACCUCGUCUUACUCCCUCAACCACCUUCACCCAUCCCACACCAUGCUCACUUAGUAGGCGAGGACCAACCUAUAUUACCAUCUUUACCCAGACCUCAAACUCGGUCCACUCCAGCUUCAUCAAUCAAAGUAGGCGAUAUGGUUUUACUAGAGAAGAACCAGCGGAUACCUGCCGAUAUGGUAUUGUUAACUACGAGUGAAGAGGAAGGUACAUGUUUUAUCCGAACGGAUCAGCUAGACGGAGAGACAGAUUGGAAACUGAAAGUGGCUGUAGGGGAAACGCAGAAAAUGGGUGAAAAGACCGUUGGUUCAGCUGAAGGAAGUUUAUACGCCGAUCCACCUAUCAAAGAUAUCCAUACCUUUUAUGGUAUUCUCACUUUACGUUCACUUAGUCCGGGGCCACAAGAAGAUCAAUCUAUACCCCUAUCGGUCGAAAAUGUCUUAUGGGCAAAUACAGUAUUAGCAGCUGGAUCAGCCGUUGGACUGGUGGUGUAUACGGGUAAAGAGACUAGAGCGGUGCUGAAUACGAGUGAACCGGAGACAAAAAUGGGUACUUUGGAAAAAGAGGUCAACAAGAUGGCCAAGAUCCUGUGUACUGUCACAUUCGCACUUUCCGUCUUCCUGGUAGCUCUGAAUGGAUUCAGAGGUCAAUGGUACAUCUAUGUCUUCAGGUUUUUGAUCUUGUUUUCAUCAAUUAUCCCCAUCAGUCUACGAGUCAACCUAGACAUGGGAAAAACCGUUUACGCGCAUCAGAUACAUACUGAUCCGGAAAUACCAGAGACUAUCGUUAGGACGUCAACAUUACCCGAAGAAUUGGGAAGGGUGGAAUAUCUUCUGAGUGAUAAGACUGGUACUUUGACUAGAAAUGAAAUGGAACUGAAGAAACUACAUAUGGGUACACUUGUCUUCGGAUGGGAUUCGAUGGACGAAGUUGCACAUCUAGUCGCUCAAGCGCUGAAUGAACAGGAGGGUGCAAUCGAACGCAGGAAAAGCUCGAUGACCACCGCUCCUGGACGUGGUCGAAGAGAUAUGUCAUCUCGAGUAAGAGAUGCGGUAUUGGCUCUGGCUACAUGUCACAACGUUACUCCCGUCACCAAUGAUGACGGUUCGAUCACCUACCAAGCCUCAUCUCCCGACGAAGUAGCCAUCGUCCAAUGGGUCGAGUCCGUCGGAGUACGACUGGUUCACCGAGAUCGAACUUCGAUGAUCCUUCGAUCUACUAGUGGCUCGGAAUACACAUACGACAUACUGUACAUAUUCCCAUUCACCUCCGAAUCCAAGAGAAUGGGCAUAAUAGUCCGCGAGAGAUCAAGUGGUAAUAUCACGUUUGUCCAGAAAGGAGCGGAUACAAUUAUGGCUAAACUCGUUCAGAAGAAUGACUGGUUAGAAGAAGAAUGUGGCAAUAUGGCUAGAGAGGGUUUAAGAACAUUGGUACUUGGAAGAAAGAAAUUGUCCGAAGGGACUUUCAUGGAAUUUGACAAGAGGUAUCGAUCCGCUCAGUUAGUCGCAGGUGAAGAAAGGCAAAUCCAAACCAAUAAAGUCGUUUCGGAUUUGUUGGAGAAUGAAUUAGAGCUCCUUGCGUUAACGGGAGUAGAAGAUAAAUUACAAGAAGAUGUUAAAUCUACGUUGGAACUUUUGAGAAAUGCUGGAUUGAAAAUCUGGAUGUUGACUGGAGAUAAGAUUGAGACGGCAACGAAUAUUGCGGUUUCUAGCAAAUUGGUUGGGAGAGGGCAGUAUAUCCAUCAGGUCGCAAAGUUAAAAUCGUCGGACCAAGUGAGAGAUAUGUUGGAUUUCCUUAGUGCGAAGCUAGAUGCUUGUUUGGUGAUCGAUGGGGAGUCAUUACAGCUCUGCCUGGACCGCUUCCGACCCGAGUUCAUACACCUGGCAACCCAGCUUCCAGCCGUUGUAGCCUGUCGAUGCUCUCCAACCCAAAAAGCAGACGUUGCAAGGUUGAUAAGAGAAUUUACAAAGAAGACGGUAUGCUGUAUUGGAGAUGGUGGGAAUGACGUUAGCAUGAUUCAAGCUGCUGAUGUUGGCGUCGGUAUAGUAGGGAAAGAAGGGAAACAAGCUUCCUUAUCUGCCGAUUUCUCCAUCAACCAAUUUUCCUACCUUACCAAAUUACUGCUAUGGCACGGACGAAACUCGUACAAGCGAUCAGCGAAAUUGAGUCAAUUCGUUAUUCAUAGAGGGUUGAUAAUAGCUGUUAUUCAAGCUGUGUUUAGCAGUAUCUUCUUCUUUGCUCCUAUUGCAUUGUACCAAGGUUGGCUUCAAGUUGGAUAUGCCACGCUGUAUACUAUGGCACCGGUUUUCUCGUUAGUGUUGGAUAAAGACGUGAAUGAAGAUUUGGCUCUUCUCUACCCAGAGCUGUACAAAGAGCUCACAAAGGGUCGAUCGUUAUCGUACAAAACCUUCUUCACAUGGUUGUUGAUCUCGGUAUAUCAAGGAGGAAUCAUCAUGCUUUUAUCGUUACUUCUGUUCGAAUCAGAAUUCCUGCAUAUAGUGGCUAUAUCUUUCUCUGCUCUGGUGAUUAACGAAUUGAUCAUGGUGGCCUUAGAAGUGACUACAUGGCAUAGUUAUAUGAUUUUAAGUGAAUUGGGAACGGCGAUGAUCUAUUUUGGAAGUAUGGCUGUUUUACCUGCUUAUUUCGAUCUCUCAUUCGUCCUGUCCAGGCAAUUCGUAUACAAAGUGAUCAUCAUUGUUGCCGUUUCUUCUUUCCCUCUGUACGUUAUCAAAGCUAUACAUAGGAGGUUCAACCCGGCUGCAUAUGCCAAAGUUGCUGGGAUAUAG